AAAGUUCCAAAUACAUUUAUUUUUUAGACUUUAGUAUAAAUAUAUUUGGUCCAAUUUUGCAAACUCUGAAUAAUUACUUCUAAAGGUAAACAAAUGUACGCCAUAUGUACGCCAAAAUUUGUGUUUGUACACCGGACAAGUCCGGUGUACACACUUUACUUUCCAGGCUGGUAAUAUAUGCAUUUGGCAACUGGAUUUAAGUUUAUAGCUAUAGAGUAUAGUCAUACGUUUCUACACUCUACAGAUCCCUUGCGUUGUUUAUGAUUUGGUAUUUUUAAAAGGCAAAUUUUCCAAGCUCCCAAGAAAGCUUAGUUAUUAUAUAUGCAUUGUAGCAUACAAUAGCACAAUGGCGCACAUAUUCUUUGGUCAUAUAUGAUCGGAAUUUAAUAAAUGCAAACAAGGCAAGGGUCUGUUGCGCUAUAAAAAUUUGUACUACCUUGCUUGCUAUUUGAAGCCCUUGUAAUGUGUCAUCCAAAGAAAUAUUAGAUUACUAGUAUGGAAUGUUUAUAAAUUCGCCAUAUAGAAUAGACCUUUUCGGUAAUUACGUCACAACUACAUUGAAGCGAGGCUUCUAAAUAAAAGCAAUAUCGCUUGGCCUCUCAGCCUCGCUUCCGUGUAAUUUUGACGUAAUUACGAAAAGGUCUAUUUGACUGAAUGACCUGUUGGCAUUUUCAAAAAACAGUGGAGCCUCCCCAUGUUGUAAACAUGAUUAAUGUAGAAAGUAUCGCGGGCUUAUCUUGCUAACAAUAUUAUUAUAGUCACCAAAUUAUUGCAUUGAUUUUUAACGUUUAUUCAUUAAAACACAAAUUAAGUGUGAAAUAAAAUAUAUUAAGCCAUUGCCAGAAAUCAAGGACAGUUUCUGCACAGUUACAACGUGUUGCCUCGCGGGCGCAGAUAUAGCACUUUUGAUUUUUAAGACUUUUCGAUUACAUCGCCAUUCAUUAAACAGUUUUUUACCCAUACUCAGACUUUCGUAAAAUGGUAAACAAUCGAAGGAGCAAUAUGCUGAGAAGUUCGAAGAAACGUUUUGAAGUGGAAAGAGUUAUUUUUCGCAGAUAUCAUCGUAGAAAGGUGUGCAUAAUAUGUUUUCAUGAGCGCUCAAAAUAUUUAUAUUACAAUGUCAAUGACAUUGACAACGACAGUCUAUUUAUUGUAUUUCACUGUCUCUUGUUUUACUUAAAAAACUUAGAUUGGAAACUUUUUCGGGCUGUUUAUUAUCGUUUAUUAAUGACUUGUCAUGUUUAGGUAGAAUAUUAUGUAAAAUGGAAAGGGUAUAGUUCUUUAGCAAACACGUGGGAGCCUGAGGGGAAUCUUAAUGCAGCUGCAAUCAGUGGAUGGUGGAUACUUAUUGAGACGAGUGAUAUGGCCGCAACAUGGCUCAUACAGUGACAUAUAUUCAUCAUAUGUGACCUAUGUUCAAAAACACUAUGAAACACAAAGGGUCGUUAUUGUAUUUGAUGGCUAUAGUGACGCUCCGUCCACAAAGUGUGCUGAGCAAAAUCGGCGAGCAAUGAAGGCGCAGUCGACAGAGAUCUUGUUCACGGAUGACAUGCCUAUUACUAUCCGUCAAGAAAGAUUUCUGACAAAUGGAAAGAAUAAAGCACGGUUUAUUGAAGGUCUAACGCGAUAUCUUGAACAUGCUGAGAUAGAAGUGAAACAAGCGGUAGCAGAUGCAGAUGCGUUAAUUGUGCGAACUGCAAUUGAUUUGUCGACCAACAACAACGUUGUCGUAGUCGGAACUGAUGUCGACUUGCUUAUUUUGUUGAUACAGCUAUCGAAGAAAGACAACCAACUCUAUCUGUACAAACAAGGAGCUGGAAAAUGUCCAGAUAAAGUAUUUUCUAUCAGAGAUGUUCAGAAACAUUUGACAGAAGUAUCCAGCUCGUUGUUCUUUCUGCACGCCAUGACAGGUUGUGACACUACCUCCGCCCUGUACAGACAAGGCAAGAAGAAGGCGUUCAACCUCUUACAGAAAAACGAGGAAUUACGGCGCGAGGUGGUGAGUGUAUUCAACGAUCCAACAUCUUCCCCUGAUUCUGUGUCAUCCGCGGGAGAAAAGUUUCUUCUGGCAUUGUAUAGUGCUCCUAAGUCAACAACUUCUCUGAAUGAUCACAGACACAAACGAUUCAUGAAAGCGGUAGCUAACUGUCCUGUUAACAACCAGAUGCAACUCGCGGCUUUGCCACCGACAUCUGCAGCAGCAAAGGAACAUUCAUUCAGAGUGUAUCAUCAAGUGCAACAGUGGUUAGGAGUGGAGUUGCCCCCAACUCAGUGGGGCUGGCAAUUGAAAAAUGGAAACCUGCAACCGGUUCUCACUCGUCAAGCACCUGCGCCUGAAAAACUGUUAACUUUGAUUUCUUGCAAUUGCAAGAGUGGCUGUGAGCGAUCAUGUGGCUGCAAGAAAGCAGGUUUGGUUUGCACCGUUCUGUGUGGCCAUUGCAACGGAAAUGGCUGCAGUAAUUCUGAAUCACCAAUUGUAUGUGAAUCAGAAAUGGAUGGAGAACAUAUUUUUGAUGAAAAGAGCGAAGGCAUUGAUGUUAUUUCCGAUUCGCCGAUAUUGGAAAAUGAAGCAUUUGAUGUCCAUGUGCCUGACGAAGAGUUGUCAAUAGACAAUCAAUCUGAUGAACUUGAAUUUCCAUCAGCAACUGCGAAUCCACGAAAGCGGAAAAGUAAAACAUAAACAUAUCGGGACAGUGUACAGUCUUUCGUGUAAUAGAGUUGGGUGGAACCCCUGGCUAGGAUUCUUGUGAAACGUGUUUUAAUAAUAUUCACUUGUCAACUUUACUGUGAAAAUUCCAGUUGUUACUUUGUGUCAGGUAAUUUUGUAUGUUAUCGUGCUUAUGACGUCAUAAUAUUGCUGUUUAGUCUAAAGUAAUAAUUUUACGUACCAAAACAUAUUUUAAAAAAUCCAUAUUUAGCGCAAAUAUAAGUAAUGACGUCAUGACCUCAUAACGGCAGAAGCUCCAGUCGGAUACAUGAGGACUUUUACUAUGUUAUCAAGGUCACUGAAAUGAGUGAAUACCCCAAUUUUCAACUUCUUACUAAUUUUUUCCGACCUUUUUUACCAUUUU